UGGGGACCCCUGAGGAAUUUAGGAAAGAGACGCUGGAAAUUCCCCCGCUCGUAUCCGCCCUUCUCCCCGAGUCACCCUUUACCGGUUGUUGUCCUUCAGCCCAAAUAUUAUAGAUUUAUCGGACUCUGGACAGACUGUAAACGGAAGAGGCAAGAAUCGAUGGCUCGGAGAUCGAUGAGACUGAUGUGCAUCGUAUCAUCGCGGCUGUUUUACCCGAAGCAGCUACAGCAGUACGGUAAUUUUGGAUCGCCUCCACCUCCGCCUGCUGUAUUCGUGGACAAAAACACCAGGGUCAUCUGCCAAGGCAUCACCGGCAAGAAUGGCACUUUCCACACAGAACAGGCAAUCGAAUACGGCACCAAAAUGAAAAUGGGCCUAAAAGCAGAGAAAGCACGACCAAUGAGAUGGAAUUCAGUUGGAGGGGUUACCCCUGGAAAGGGUGGAACAGAACACUUGGGACUUCCUGUUUUCAACUCUGUAGCAGAGGCAAAAGCUGAAACAAAGGCUAAUGCAACAGCAAUUUAUGUUCCUCCCCCUUUUGCGGCUAAAGCUAUUAUGGAGGCAAUGGCGGCUGAGCUAGAUUUGGCUGUUUGCAUCACUGAGGGAAUCCCUCAGCAUGACAUGGUUCGUGUGAAGGCUGCUCUUAACAAGCAGUCAAAAACUCGUCUCAUAGGUCCAAAUUGUCCUGGGAUUAUCAAGCCUGGGGAGUGUAAGAUUGGAAUUAUGCCUGGAUACAUUCACAAACCGGGACGUAUUGGAAUUGUCUCACGAUCUGGCACACUGACUUAUGAAGCGGUUGGAAGGGUCUUAAAAAUUGGCUGGAAACCCUUAAGCUCUAGUAGGGAGCUUGUUUGUCUGGCCUUAAAAGUUUUUCAAACUACUGUUGUCGGUCUUGGACAGUCAACAUGUGUCGGAAUUGGUGGGGACCCUUUCAAUGGAACAAAUUUUGUUGAUUGCAUAGAAAAGUUCCUUGCCGAUCCUCAGACUGAAGGUAUUGUUCUUAUUGGUGAGAUAGGUGGUACAGCAGAAGAAGAUGCUGCAUCCCUUAUAAAGGAAAGUGGUACCGAAAAGCCCAUUGUAGCUUUCAUUGCUGGACUUACAGCUCCACCAGGUCGACGGAUGGGUCAUGCAGGAGCAAUUGUAUCCGGAGGGAAGGGUACAGCACAAGAUAAAAUAAAGACCCUCAGAGAAGCUGGGGUAACAGUGGUCGAGUCGCCUGCAAAGAUUGGAACUGCAAUGCUUGAUGUCUUCAAACAGAGGGGUCUUGCCCGAUUGAGCUGAAUUCAUUUUUGAUGUUUCACUUUCAUUCGUUUUCCUUCUUUGGGGCCACUAUAGUGGGUUUUUGCUGCAAUGCAUUAUAUUCCAAGCCCCACAGAUAUUUUCUUUCAUGAGAUGAUAUAUUCAAUCAUGAAAUUUUUGAAUUAUGAGGAGCAGUUGUUUGAUGUUAGCACUUAGCAGCCAUUUGGCCUCUCUUAGCUCAAAGUUCAUAAGUUGAGAAGAGAAAAUCAUUGCAAUUGUACUACACUUGAUUUUCAUUAAAUCCAACAAAUUUGGAUAAUUACAUUUACUUGAACAGAA